AUGGCCAGGGGGAGGGACUCGACGGGCCGCGUCGGCAAGGGCUGCCGCCAUCUUUGCGCCAUGGCCAGGAUCACGGGUCGCCGCGCCCAGGAAAGAGGGAGAGUGAGAGAGUUCGUGCGGCAGGGGAGCUCACGGCGGCUGCAGGCGCAGCUCGCCGGUAGGAGGAGGCCGCGACCGCCACGCACGCUGGAGGGAAGCUCCGCGGCGGCGCGUAUUCGACGGGCGACGGGCGACGGGAGGGAUUUCCGCAGCGGCGCCAGGGCUUCUGGCCGGCACGCUCGUCACAGCGGCUGCUGGCGGGCGGGCACGGCGGCGGGCGCGCUCCUCUCGAGGCGCGAGCAAGGACCCGAUUGCUUUUUCCAUAAAACAAAGAGAAAUGGCACCAAGUUUGCCGCCGUCAAGAAGAUCAUCAGGACGAAGACCAUCAAGAAAGAGGUUCUGGACCCGUGGAAGAAGGACACCGAGAAGGAGAAGCUCGGCCGGAAUGUGCUGGAGGUGUCGUCGGCGCUGUUCUUCAGCUACAACAUGGCGCUCGGGCCGCCGUACUGGGUUAUCGCCAACACCAACUCCAUCAAUUUCUCCAUCCAGAACAAGUUGGAUUUGGAGAAAGGAUUGAUGGACUGCCUUUAUGCAAAAUGUACCCUCUGCAUCACUGAUUGUGUUAUGGCUGAGCUUGAAAAGUUAGGACAAAAACAUCAUGUGGCUUUGAGAAUUGCUAAGGACCCUAGGUUCCAGAGACUAGCAUGCACACACAAGGGAACUUAUGCUGAUGACUGUAUGGUUGAGAGAAUUACUCAGCAAAAACGCUACAUUGUCGCCACUUGUGAUAGAGAUUUAAAGAGGAGAAUAAGAAAGGUUCCUGGUGUUCCAAUCAUGUAUAUCACCCACUAUAGGUACUCGAUAGAAUGA